AUGCGUACCGUCGCUGAGAAGCUCGUGGUAUGCGGAGUCAGUCCUGAUGUUUCCGAACCCUUUCCAGACAUUCUGACUGAUACUGACCUGAAUCACGGCCCUGUCAUUAAAGAUAUAAGUCCAACUGGCACGUUCAUUUUGGGCCUUCCAGCGAGUGCAUUGAUAGCACUUCGAAGAGGAGACAGUGCGCUAGAGAUAUUAGAAUCAGGGGAAUGUGAACUCCCUACUCGUCCCGAGCUACGAGCACGGCGACACGCACUAGAUGCGAGCACGGAGGAGACAGUCAAGGGCCUAGUCAGGGUUCAAGCCGACUCCCGCAUCCCGCAUGAUCCAGCUCACCAACCAUCUACUCAAAAGCUUUUAAAGACCUUGCCAUCCUCCAUCCGCAACCGCGCUAAAUCUCUCGAUGAACCUCAACCCCUGCUAUUCCGGUAUAAGUUACCAGAUCGACGAUACCGCAUCGGUGAUCCAGAUGCCUUUGCCGCGCUGAAGGAGAAGAACAUCGAAUGGUACGUAACAACUGGUGUGCUGGUCGAAGAUUGCACUGGUUUGAGGUGGAAUGCAGGGACAUACAAGUACCUUUUAUACUGGCACGUAGAAGGCAUGCCAACACCCGACGGCAUAGACCCAGGAGAGAAAUGGCUGAAAAUCGAACCAGAUUGCGUGCGAGAUUGGCAAAAGGAGAAAUGGGAAGCUGAGUUCGGAUAUGCGGUUAUGAACGUAAUUGAUGGACCUGCGACGCCUAUUGUCGAAGAAAUAGAUGCAAUGAGCGAACCGAUGUCUCCGCUCAACAAGACCGACAUCUCCUUCUCCCUCUUUCACAUCCGAUCCUGGUUCUUGUUCGCCGAAAAGACAGAAGAAAGUAAGAUUGUGUUGGAAGAAAGGGAAGAGAAUCGUACUGUUGGAAGUCGAUGA